GUGAGUUUUUAUAUCUCGUCAGUGUGUGUAUUGGCAUUGAGCUCGACGGGCAGAUGUUCUGUUUCUGUGUGAUGAUGGUUGUGUGAUUAUUAGCAGAAGAUCUUGAGCUUUGAGGAGGAUGAAUGUUUUUCUCCUGCUGGGAUUCACCUGCGCGCUGCUCGUCCGCACAUCUGUUCUCACUCAAGAAUGUCCAGAAUCUGGAUGUGUGAACGGCUUCUGUGAGCGCGCAGGAGAAUGCAGGUGCAUGGCGGGCUGGCGCGGCAUCGCGUGUGAUCGGUGCGUCCCGUCUGCGGAUUGCGCGCACGGAUCGUGUGAGGAACCGGGUCAGUGCAUCUGUGAACGCGGCUGGACGGGAGCGCGCUGUGAUCGAGACAUAAGCUUGUGUUCAUCUAAACCGUGCUUUGGUAGCUCUGUGUGUGUGGAUGUGGGAGAUUCUUACACCUGCAUUUGUACGGCUGGAUUCACAGGCAAACAGUGUCAGCUGAAGAACAACACCCCCUCUUUAACUGAUGGCUCUUCGUGUCAGAACGGAGGAACCCGCGUGGACAGAAAUGGCUCUGAUGACAAUUUUUGCAUCUGUCCAUCUGGAUUUACAGGACAUUUCUGUGAAACUGAGAUUGACGUCUGUGAUCCCAACCCGUGCGAGAACGAUGGUGUCUGCAGGAGUCGUGACCUGACGUUCACCUGCGUCUGUCCGCCUGCCUUUUCAGGUCCCGUUUGCAGCUUCAGAUUGUGUUCAGACAGCGGUCGGUGUGUCAAUGGAGGGAUCUGCUUCAAUCGUACAGACAGCCGGAUCCGCUGCCUUUGUCCACCUGGAUUUUCCGGCUCAUCUUGUGAACUUCAGCUCAAGGUCAAACCCAGAUUUAAAGCAGCGGGCCCCGGCCACCUCACCGUACCGGCUCACACUUUCCACAAGUUUCUUCGGCCACCCGAUCACAAGCUUCAUAAAAUCCCCACGAAGGAGACGGAUCGAGCGUCUGGUUUUCUGGCCACACAGAGUCAGGUCAUCUGUUUGGCCAUGCUGGGUCUUCUUACCUGUCUGGUGGUACUUGUCACUACAGGCAUUAUUUUUUUCAAUCGAUGUGAAAUGUGGGUGGCUAAUGUAAAAUACAGUCAGCUGGUGCGUCAACAGAGAGAUUUCCUUCUGAAUGCCAGCGAUGGCGAGGUCAACAUUAUCUUACCAGAGAAGAUUAAACUCAGUCAUUUUGGGAAGCAUUAUACAAGUAUAUGAAGGUCCAUCAUUGCUUCUGUGGAAAUACAAAAAAUAUCAAUCAUAUACCUUUUACUAGUAUACACGUGUAGGUUUUAAUCAAAAGUAACUUAGUGUGUGAAUGCACCUUUGUAUUUGUAUAGGAAUAUAAACCCUGUUAAGAAAUGUGUGCUUUUUCUUAAGACAUAAAGUUUAAUAUUCUCCUAUGUAAGAGAUGUAGACAUCAGACCGUGAAUGUUGUGUUUGUGAUCUGCAUUAAAAGAACACAGAGUUUUUCUCAGACUGUUUGUUUCACAGAUGUAAAUCCUGCUGGAGCUGAAAUCUUCUGUAUAUAUCGCUGCAUUCUUUUGUCAAUUUGUUUUGUGUACCCAUAUUGAAGAAGAUUGUUGUUCUGUAGGCACUCGUGAACAAUGUCUUCUACUUAAACGUGACGGAUGCUGUGUUUUAUAUUAGUUUACAGUAAUAAAUGAAGUGCGUUUUCGGA